AUCUUCAAAAUAAAAUUCUCUGCUAGUAGAGUGGUACACCAUGAGCGGGUAUACUGUAUAGUACUGUACUGUAUAUGGACUACAACUCGUUUCUGAUGAAGAAUGGCGUGCGUCCUUUUAAUCAAUUUGGUGAAGAUCAUACGUCAAAUUCGCAUUUACAAGUCAGGCAACCGGAUGAAAUGCAAGAUAAAGUGAUUCCAAACGGUUUCACAAGUUUCGGCGUUUGUUGGAUUCGCAAUAUCGUUUCAUAGCCUCUUGAACCCAUGAAUCCCUUUGUGGCGUUCCUCACCAAACAUUUUUACUCUGAAAAAGAUUUGCCGGAGGUAGUUUCAGCUAGCUUAACCGCUAUCUUGCCAGCAGCGUCAGCGGCGUUCCGGGCUCUAGUGAGACUCGUCACUGUGGCAGACAGUUACGAGGGACAACGGGCUCCGUUUGUGGAAGAGGAGUCCGCCAAAACCGGGAACUAAACCGGCAAAAGCCUCGGCCCUUUUCCUGCGGGAGUUCUCAGGGCUCACCCCCCACCCUCUUGCUUUGAGGUUUAGACUUUGGGUUCCUAAAUCUGUGCGAUGGACCAGCUAUCUGAUGAUGAGGUGGAGGUCAGAGAGGAUGAGGAAGAGGAAGACAGUGAUAAGGAGGAUCAGGAUCUGGAUAAGAUGUUUGGGGCUUGGCUGGGAGAACUGGAUCAACUCACACAGGGCUUUGCUGAUGGCCGCCCGGAACACCCCCCUCAACAGAAGGCACCCCUCAGACAGGAGACCAACAUGGCCAACUUCUCCUACAGAUUCUCCAUCUUCAACAUCAACGAGGCGUUGAAUCAGGGGGAAAAUGUCGAUCUGGACGCCCUCAUGGCAGACCUCAGCUCCAUUGAGCAGGAGCUCAGCACCGUUAGCCCUAAACAGAACAGCAGUAUGGCACGUCUAGGCCUCACUGAUACUAAGCUCCGUCAGAAGCCACCAGCAGGGCGCAGUAACAGACAGCAGUCAGCAGGGAGCAGUGGUGACACUGGUGGGGGUAGCAGUGUGCGUGGCGGAGGGGGAAGCAGCGGGGCAAGCAGCAGCAGCAGCAGUACCAGAGCCUCCCCGGCCAGCACCAUCAGAGUGACCCCUGGGCAACAAGGGAGGCCGGCGCUCGUGUCUAACUUCAGCCUGGACGACAUCACAGCCCAGCUUGAGAAGGCGUCAAUGAGCAUGGACGAAGCCGCCCGUCAGAGCUCCUCCCACUCGCUUAGCUUGGCAUCUUCUACGUCAGCCUCGGUACGGGGCCCAGUGUCCGGUCAACAGCAGCAUCGCCGCACAGGAUCCGUUGGCACAGUCAGUGAGCAUGAGGUACGAUCUGUUGUCCACUCGUCUCGGUCCUCCAUCACAUCAGCCUCAGGAACGUCCGUCAACUCUGCCUCCUCAAUGGACUCCCUGGACAACGUUAAUGUCAGCAACUCUGACAGUCAUCCCGCUUUAGCCCCACAUCCUGCCAAUGGCACUAGCCAGAAGGAUAACACAGAGCACUCCUAUCUGGACAGGGAAACCUCUCUGAUUCUGAGAAACAUAGCAGGGAAACCUUCACACCUGCUGACCAAGGAGGAGCAGGCUGCCAAGUUGAAGGCGGACAAUAUCAGAGUCGCUCUAGAGAAGAUAAAGGAGGCCCAGGUGAAAAAGUUGGUGAUUCGUGUUCAUUUGUCGGAUGAGAGUUCAAAGACUAUGAUGGUGGACGAGAGGCAAACCGUCAGACAGGUUCUGGACAGUUUGCUGGAGAAGUCCCACUGUGGCUUUAGUCCUGACUGGUCACUGGUGGAAACCAUCUAUGAACUCCAAAUGGAACGCAUAUUUGAGGAUCAUGAGAACCUGGUGGAGAACUUGCUGAAUUGGACCAGAGACAGCCAGAACCGGCUCAUGUUUACUGAACGCGUUGAAAAGUACGCAGUAUUCAAGAACCCACAGAAUUAUUUGUUGGGGCGAAAGGAGACAUGUGAAAUGGCUGAGCGGAACAAAGAGGCUCUGUUGGAGGAGUGUUUUGGCGGAAGCUCAGUGUCCGUGCCAGAGAUGGAGGGUGUUCUGUGGCUGAAAGAGGAUGGAAAAAAGUCCUGGAAGAAACGUUACUUCCUGCUGAGAGCCUCUGGUAUCUACUACGUCCCCAAAGGCAAAGCCAAGGCCUCUCGAGACCUGGUUUGUUUUCUGCAGCUUGACCAUGUGAACGUUUACCACGGCCAAGAUUACAAGAGCAAGUACAAGGCUCCUACCGACUUCUGUAUGGUGCUCAAGCACCCACAAAUUCAGAAGAAGUCUCAGUACAUCAAGUAUCUUUGCUGCGAUGACGUCAGGACUCUCCAGCAAUGGGUCAACAGUAUUCGCAUCGCCAAGUACGGCAAGCAGCUUUACAUCAACUUUCAGGAGGCCAUGAGGAGAACAGAGGCCGCCUAUGACUGGUCUUCGCUAUCCUCCUCCUCCAUCAAGUCAGGCUCUUCCUCCUCUAGUCUUCCAGAGUCUCAGUGCAACAGCUCCAGCCAAUCAGACAGUGGUGUGUCAGAAAUUACAUCAUCAGGCCACGCCCGCUCCCAAAGUGUUGUCAGCUCCAUCUUUUCUGACGCAUGGAGGAGGGGAACGCAGGGAGAGAUGAUGAAGAUGGAUGCCAUCAGUAGGCCCGUCCCCUUGCAGAUCCCCACCGUCUCCUCCCAGAACCUCCCACUUUCUCAGUCCCAAACACCACCCUCCCGAAGCAGCUACAUGGACGAGAUGGUUCCGUCGGACGAUUCCUCAUCUGCUGUGGAAAGUGACGCCAACCAGGCAGCAUCUGCUUCCGCCUAUGUCAAGUACAGCACGCUGGCUCGCCUGCAGAACCAGAACCAAUCCAGAGUGCAGCCAGCAGGAGCUGCCCAACUGCCCAAUUACAACACUCUCCCAGCUGCUUACACUGCCACCUCUCCAUCACCACCCUCUCCCCCACCGCCUCCUCCGCAUGUAGCCCCAGUUCCUGGCUCUGCUGUGGCCAUGCUUAAAUUUGGUCUACCCAGUCCAUCUGCUCCGACUCCUCCGACAUUCCAGAAUGAGGUGGAUGAACCCCAGUACCUCCCACCUCCGCCGCCUGAAAUCCUGGAAACUAACGAUUUGCCUCCGCCCCAAGCGCCUACACUGAAUCAACACGCUCAACUCUCCAACGCUGGCCUCCAGCAGUUCCUGGCACAGAAGUUCCCCAACAUGGUGUAUGACUUUACCCCAGCUAUGUGUGAGGAAUCUUCUCCACCUCCACCCCCAGCUGAAUUCUCUCCCCCUGAUUCCCUGCGGCCUCUGUCUCCCAAUGCCCCGCCUCCAGCACCACCCAAAACCUUCACUGGUGGAUUUCCUCCCCAAACUGCACGAAAACCUACAGGUCCCUCCUCCCUCCCACUUGCACUAUCCCCAUUGUCGCCCACACCGCCCCCCAGUGGCCAUGGACCUGUAAAGAAGCAGCAGAGUUUCUCGACUGGCCACUCCCCCAGUCAGCCACCCCCCACCCUCCCCAAGCAACACAGCCUCUCAUCCAAAAACCUAGUCCUCUCCCCUUCCUCUUCCUCUGUCUCCAUGGCAACCUCGUCACUGGUCAAACAGAUUGUUAAUCACUUCCCAGGAAACACUGCUCCUUCCCCUCUUUCCUCCUCAAGCUCCAUGGAAGGAUCAAAGUUCAGUGCACCUCAAUCUCCCCCAGCAGUCAAGGUGAAGCCAAAAUGGCAGCCAGGUGGCGCUGUCGUUCCCCAGUCCCCAGAGUUCCCCCCACCUCCUCCGGACGGCUCGCUCACGGGAUUCCCUCCUCCGCCUUUCUCAAAGAUAGGCUCCCCCGUAAAGAAGUCCCCUUCAACAUCGUCGAGUGGCUCCAGCAAGCGGGGCCCUCCGCCGACCCCACAGAGAGCCUCCUCUGUGCGCACCAACUCAAACGAGGCUCCGGACGACAGGCCCAAAAAAGUGGAGAGCCUGCUCAGCAAGUUUGGACAAGCACCUCAAACCGGUACAUCCUCUAGCUCUUCGUCAGCGACCGGCUCGCCCUCGAAGGACUCCACUGCAAUUCCGACACCGCUUCCAAAGCCAGGAAAGCUGAAUUUGGCCAACCUCCCGCUGGCGCUCCAGGGGCUUCAAACAAGCCAGCACCACCAGUCCUCUUCAGACUUCCCUUCGCCUCCACCCCCUCCACCUCUCUCUCAACCUCAACACCUGGAGACAUCCCCUGACUACUUCCCGCCCCCACCAAGUGACUCUGAGCUCUUCCCUCCUCCGCCCCACCCGCCCGAAUUCCAUCACCCACCAAAGGUGGCCGUGGUGAACCCCCAACCUCAAAAGCAGCCAUUGCUGGCGCCUCCGGGUUCGUGGAAGCAAGGCUCCUUAAAAAAGGGAGCGGUGGCGCCACCGACACUGAACCGGCGGGCCAGCAACACCAGCCCGUACGAGAUGACAACCUCACUGCCCCUGUCGCCGCCACCCCUCUCUCAGACCCCACCGCCCACCCUUUCUUCCUACUCCUCUUCUCCCAUGCACCCCACAUCACCGAAAUCCGCAGGACCGAGCACCCUCGCACUUAAAACUCACUUCCUGGAGGACCUGAACCGCACGCUGAAGAGGAAGUCAGUUUCCCGCCACGGCUCACUCACCUCUUCCCAUCUCAUCCCGUCCUCCAAGAUGGAACCUGUGGUCACCAUGGACGACAUGGCCCUUCUCCCGCCUCCGCCCCCCGAACUCCUGCAGUAUCAGCAGCAAGUGGCCCGCGGGCACACGCAAACGCUGUCUCGCCACCAUGCACAUUCCCAAUCCGCCAAACACAGCGCCAAUAUCUCAGGCUAUGCAACGCUGCGACGAGGACCACCUCCCGCACCGCCAAAACGGGACCAAAGCACCAAACUCACCAGUGAGUGGUAGAGGAAAAAGAAAAACUUUGGAACAAUUUAUCAAGUCCCUGCGGUGGAAUCAUGUUCCACUUUGAGUUGUGCGGCUUUUCUUUAACCCCCCCCCGUUGCAGUCAGAACAAAAUCAAACCAAAGUUAUGAUUUUAUUGGUUUAAUCAAAUCAAACAUUUGAAAGGAAGAAUGCGGGUCAGUUCUGGCUGGAACUUAAUGGACACAAACAGGAAGCAAAUUUGGUUCUGACUGCUAUUGACUUAAUACUCAUCAUCAUUAAAGUUAUUCUUGGGCUCAUUAUCAAUAUUGGUUUAAAGAAACACAGUAUGUCUGUACUGUACAUGUUUGUGUAUACUGGCAAACCCUUAAAAGAACAAGCUUUUUUCACAAUAUCUGUGCAAUUUACAUUAAAAAUAGUAUAAAAAAAAAAGUACCAUUAGAGGUUUUGCUGGGGGAAGAACCAUUAAAGCUGGUACCCAAUGGACCCGCAGCAGUGAUGAAGGAUGCAGGACGUUUUAUUAUGUUUAUAGUUCAUGUAUGUUGUGGAUUGGAAGUUCAAACCGUUGUGUGUGUUUUUAUAUAAAAUUAUUUAAUACUGGAAAGAUGUUAUUACCAUAUAAUUAUUUGAAGUUUUAAAGGAGCUCUCCAAGGAAAGUUUCAUUUGAUGUCAAAAGUGUUAUUCAUCUUGCUUAAACUGUCUGUUCAAAUGACUUGUAACUUUGUACUUUCUUCACAGUCACUAUCAUAUAUUGUAUGACUAAAAUACUCACUCGCUAUACUUUGAAGAUUGGAGAGCUAAACAAUGUUACGUUGAAGGAAGUGGCACUCCAAAGACCAGAGCCAAGCUACUGUGAUCAUGUCAGAUUUUGGGCCGCUCAACAUAAACCUCAAAACAUAGACUCAGUUCUUCGCAAAAUCCAUGGCAUAAUUGACCAAUCUGCCAAAAAUUACAAAUCCUCACUACAAUAAACUAAUCACAUGAAGGCGAUGUCAGUCUAUUUCUUAGUCACUGUUUUUACUACAUUUCCAAUGAAAAGGAUAUACAGUAGCUACAUUUGGAAAAAUAAAAAAAAAUUACCUCAAAUGCUGCAUUUAUUCAGAAUUUUCUCAAAUAAUGGCCCGAGGCACUUAAAUUUAAAAAAAAAAAAAAAAAAGACGACAAAAUUCAUUGAUUGUGCUUUUCAAUGCACAGGGCAACAUUUAUGAAACUUGUUCAUUUAGUCGAUUAUGGUAUAAAAGACCUCCCAUUUACAGUAUCGAAUCGAAUAUAUACACAGUGAAUACUGCCCCGAACCCACAAAAAACCAUGUAUCUCCAAAUUGAAAAGUCACGAAACUUGGAUACAACUUGGGGCAGUGAUAAUAUACGGUACAUAAGGUAGUAAUGAAUUAUAAAAUUGCAUUUGUACAAAUAAAAGGUGUAUGAAAAUGUUAAUAAUGCUAUUAUACAUAACUGGUCAAAAAUAUUGAUUAGAAUCUGUUAAAGAAUUGAAUAAAAAUGUGCAGAAUAUAGAUUUAGUGAUUCAUUAAAAAUGGCAUGUUUUGGGGAUCAUACACAUGUACUUCAACAGUAUUGUGCUGAAAGAACACCCCCCACCCUUAUAUAAAUUGUCAAAAACACCCAUAGCCACUUAAUGUGGAACUAUGGUAUUGUAU